AAGGUCAUCGAUUCUCGAUCUCCCGAUCUCACUAAACGGACAAGUAGAGAUUGGGGGAGAAUCUACUACUUGGCUGCAGCCGCUGGUCAGCGAUCGACAGACUGUGAAGGAGCGAUGGCAGCGUGUUCGACCGUCCCUCCGUCUUCCCCGGGGGAGCGUAUGAACGCGGAGGAUCUCCGGAGGCUGCAGUUGGCCCACGAGGGCAUGCGGUUGCUGCUGAGCAGCGAGGUGAAGCGAGCGGAGCAACUCUUCCACAAAUCAAGGUACACUGGACCUGAGCUGAAUGCUGGUCACAGUUUCGUUCAAUUGGUGCGUUCGCUGAUGACAUUCGAAGAAGAUGCAAUGGAAGCUGCCUACAAAUCCCUGGAAUCCACGGGGAAAUUCUGCGACACUUCGCGAAAGUUUUCAGAACUGUUUUCCUCGAGUUCGAACUCUCAGCGUUUCUCACGUCACCAGCGGCUCUAUCGCAAGUCCAUCGUUGCCGACUGCCUGCUUUUCCAGGCAAUCAUCGUCUUCAUCCGACAGAACUUAACGAGCUACGUAAAGGGGGGCUACCUCAUCCGAAAGGCGUGGAAAAUGUACGAGAAGAUUUACAACGAGACCGAGCUGCUUUGUUCGCACCCGUCGCCGAUUUCGAGACCAGGAGUGUCCUCGCCAACCGAUAGACAUGUGGGGACUUCGGUCUACGACGAAAAGAAUGCCUAUCUGGCGGAAGAGGGUGAAGAGGAGGUGGUGGAAGAAGAGGAGGUUAAAAAGACAAUUGCCGAGCUCGGCGACACUUUCGCAAUGCAGUUAGGUUUGGGGGGAGGGGCUUCCGAGACGGCCGGUGAGGGAGAGAGGGAGGGGGGAGAGGGAGUGCAGAACGGCUCUGUGCAUUCGUCUUACUCUCCCCACUCUCAAUCUGACUCUGCCGUGUUAAAGGAAGGAACAGGGGCUACUGCUGGUGAUGUGAAUGGAGUGACACCACAUGAAGGUCUGGAGAGAGAGACUUCCGACCCGGCCGACAGAGGCGGAGGAGGGAAGGAGAUGGUGGAUGGAGUGAAGGAGAAGAGAGGGAAGAAGAGACCGUUGUCAGGGUACUAUCUCCCAGAAUCUAUCCCCGACUGUGACUUUGUCACUGACCUGGGUCACGAGGAUGACAGGUUGCGAGGGGCUGUCUACUUUGGCUAUGGGAUAAUGAACAUUGUUCUGUCGCUUAUCCCUCCAAAACUCAUGAAGUUGGCUAAUCUUUUUGGGUUCAGUGGAGAUCGACGUCUCGGGCUUGAGGCACUUGAGUUUGCCAGUCGCAGUCAGGACAUGAAGGCUCCUCUAGCCAGGAUAGCGUUGCUGUGGUACCACACCAUAGUGAGGCCGUUCUUUGCUCUGGAUGGAGAGAAGGAGGACGGAGGUGCCGACGAAGCCGACCGCCUGCUGAAGGAGGCGGAGUCUCUGUACCCAAACUCCGCCCUCUUUCUCUACUUCAAAGGAAAAGUCCUGUACCUCAGACGGCAGUUGGGUGAUGCCCUGGCAGUGUACACAUCAGCUGCUUCUCUUUCCAGAGACCAGAGGGAAAUAGAACACAUUUCUCUCUAUGAGAAAGGAUGGAUCCAUUUCCUCCAGUUGAAUUAUGCGGAAUCCCUCCCCUGCUACAUUAGACUCAAGAAUGAGACUCGGUGGUCUGCUUGUUUCUAUGCCUACCUCUGUGCCGCAAUGACGGGGGUGAUGGGUGAUCUGAAGGAGUCUAGGGAGCUCUUUCUUCAGUCCUCGCGGCUUGUCAAACGCAAGAACAACAACUUGGAAAAAUUCUGCUACAGACGAGCCCAGCUGUACAAGAAGGGAGUGACGUUUCACAUGCCACUGGAGGCCCGUCUUAUGAUCAUAGAGGUGUUCUACCUCUGGCGAGCUCUUCCCUUCACCUCUGAAGACGUCAAACUCCAGAUGAUGGAGAUGUUGGAUCUCGCUCUUCCUCCCGAUGCUCUACCUGUUAAGACCCUCAAGCCCCCCACGGCUGCCCCCCUCAAGAAAACCAACCCCUGGGGCCGACCCCCGCAGGCCACACCCACCGUGUGCUCGUUGGCUGCCGUCAUGGACGAAGAGUUGGCAAAGACUCUACAGAAAGACGAGGAACGACAAUCUAGGGUAGAUGGUCCUCGACCGCCUCCAUUCUCCAGUGCUGCAGCUGGUACCAAGACAGACACCACCAACGACCAUCUCCUGGCUAUGAUGCUACAACUAGAGUACGACAAGGAACACGACACCAUUCUCAGAGCGGAGGAGAGAGCUUACAACAAGGACAGCAAAGUUAAGGUAUCAUUUGAGAAGUUCCUAACCCUACCCUCGUCCUACCUGACUGAUGAUUAUGACGGAGAUGAAGAGAGUGAAGACGAAACGGAAGAAGUACAUGUUGCCCAGGCAGCACCUUCCAGGGGUCGUCGCAGGUCAAAGGGUGUUCCCGUGGGAACCCAGACAAAACACGAUGCCGACGUCUGUGGCAGGAAAAACGUCAGGAACAUGGAAAAAUUUCCGCCGGCUUUUCCGUCUGGUGAUAUUGGUGACAUAAGCCAUGAUUUCCGUCUUCCGAACAGUGUCUACAACACUCUCAAACAACACUCUUACAAAGAAGAGAAGCUGGCCCAGAGACUCCACGAGAAGAAAGAGCACUCCACGUCCGACCAGGUCAUGGACACCAAGACCCGUCUCAUGCUGUUCAAGAUGGUCGACAACCAGUCUAGACACGAUGUAAUUCCGUUUUUAUUCCAUAGUACAUGUACAUGUGUUGUCUACUGCAGUUUCGAGGAGCGUCCUCUACCAACGGAGUGUGCGGUGAAGGUCUUCAAGACCACACUGAACAAAUUCAAGAACAGAGAUCGCUACAUCAAGGACGACUAUCGUUUCAAGGCUCGCUUCGGGAAACAGAACCCUCGCAAGGACCAGCGGCCGGCCCCCAAGCUGAAGGAAGCCAGACUGAGUCACGAGGAGAUGACCAGCGCCUACCACCAGACCAUACAGGGGAUGCAGGGGAUGUACCAGAAGUGCCGCCUGGUCCACGCAGACCUCAGUGAGUACAACCUCCUCUGGCACAGAGAGAGGGUGUUCUUCAUCGACGUGGGCCAGUCGGUGGAGCCGUCUCACCCCAACGGACUCGAGUUCCUCCUGCGAGACUGCACCAACGUCUCGGGGUUCUUUGACAGGGGCGGGGUCAGGGACGUGAAGACUCCGCAGGAACUGUUCAACUUUGUGUCGGGACUCAAGAUCGCCGCUGGAAACGACUCGGAGUUUGUAGCCCAGAUCCGGACACACACCAAGAGAGCCCAGCUAAUGGAGACGGUGCACAUGAAGACAGAGCCGUACGCUUUCGACUACUUCUUUGAGCAGUCCCAGCAGAAGAGGAAGACGUCGAGAGCUGGAGAUGGAGAUGGAGAUGAUCGCGACUCAUCAUCAUCAACGGGAUCUAGUGACUCGGACUCUGAUUAACACACUGCUGCAUGUGCUCCAUGACUUGUGUGACUUGUACAGUGUACUAUGCAUCAUGCAGAUGAUAUUGUGUUGAUCAGAUAUUAUAGUAGAACCACUCUUUUGUAAUAGGGAGACACUCACAAUAAUAUUAUAUAAUAUGAAGUUAUAGGCUGAAAGUUAUUUAUUUUUGACACGAGACUAUAUAUUUGAUGGUGGUGAUCAGUGAAUCGUUACGUGCAGAGAACGCACUUCAUUCUGUGUUUCAGUCUCAGACAACUCUCAAUCCCAGCAUCAACUGCCAUCAUCAGGUCAUCAGGGAGCAUGCAGCCAGUCUGUCUGAUGGAAGUGACCUCGUCCAGUGAUGACAGGUAGACCACUGUCACGUGACCUUUGGCUCCGCCCACUCCGUCUCUCACUCUCUCUUCCUCGUCAAGACUUGGAUCAACCAGACAGCUGGAGCCAUAAUGAACCUGUGUCCAUUACAACACCCUUUCAGAGAUGAACAUGCAUGUGUUAAAGUGCCUCCGACUAAUACUGAUUUAAGACCAUCAUACACAAAGAAAGGUUUUGCAAGUAACAAAGGGGACCGUUAUACGAUAGCAGGCCGUUCAAUUCUUGUCUCUUGCAACAAUAAUCUCUCGUAUUUCUGGCUACCUCAAGUUGCCUUGUGUAUGAUUGCCUUCUAUCAACACAGACGCGAAACAGUUCUAGAGAUCAGUAGAAUGCAAGCCUUGAAACAGUUCUAG